CCUUGUGGAACCAAUUUCAUAUAGUGAUGAAACAUAAAUUCAACAAGUGUAAAAGAGUGAAAAUAUUUAUACUAUUGAACUUAACUAUGAAAAAAAUUUUACUUGUGCAAACAUUUCAGUUUUUGUACUUGUCCAGAGAUGUUGGCUACACUGAAUGGUAAUGUUCAUACCAUAUUUUCCGAAGUAUGUAUCUGCAUUUUCCAAUUACUUCAUGGAACAUGCGCAUAUUCAUGUCAAGUGUAGUGUGAGGGGAAUAAUAUUUUGGCUAUCGGGGGCCUAAAACUAAUUAAAAUGCAUAAAUUAAAAUUCUCGCAACGAGACAAAGUUAAGAAAUUUAUAACAUUCACACAAACUGGAGAGCAAACUGCUAUAUAUUGUUUGACAUUGAAUGAUUGGAAGCUAGAUCUAGCAAGUGAUAACUAUUUUCAAAAUCCAGAUGCAUAUUAUAAGGAACCUAAAACCUCUGUAGAUAAGAAAAAAGUUGAAAUACUAUUCAAUCGAUAUCAGGAUCCAAGCGAACCGGAAAAAAUUACAGCAGAUGGCAUAAUGAAAUUUCUUGAUGAUUUGAACUUGAGCCCAGAAAGCAAAUUAGUAUUAAUUAUAGCCUGGAAAUUUCGAGCAGAAACUCAAUGCGAAUUUACAAAAGAUGAAUUUAUAAAUGGCAUGAUUGACUUAGGUGUGGAUAGUAUUGAUAAACUUAAAGCACGCUUAAGCAGUUUAGAAAGCGAACUAAGGGAUUCCCACAAAUUUAAAGAUUUUUAUCAUUUCACCUUUAAUUAUGCAAAAAAUUCUGGACAAAAAGGUUUGGAUCUGGAUAUGGCAAUUGCAUAUUGGAAUAUUGUGUUGGAUGACAAAUUCAAAUUUUUAUCAUUGUGGUGCCAGUUUCUACAGGAACAUCACAAAAGAUCAAUCCCAAAAGACACGUGGAAUUUGCUUCUAGAUUUCGCACUUAUGAUCAAUCCUGAUAUGAGUAACUAUGACGAAGAAGGUGCUUGGCCAGUUUUAAUCGACGAUUUCGUAGAAUGGGCACAGCCUCGGGUGCGUCAGACUCUCUAACAUGAUUUCACUAAAAUGUUCAUAUUCGAGUCAGUUAUAUUUACUUGCUGCAACAUCAGCACUUCCCAAAGAACAUCGAACUAAAAAGAGGAUGAGUUCUUUAUCGCAGCUGGAUUGCAAAUAUAUUGCUUUGUACACAGUGCAGUUGUUUAUACUGUAACGUCUCUGAAGAAAAUUAUUAGCAGAAUAUUUGCAAAUCAUUUCUUACACUAAAGGAUCUAGAGAGUAGAAGGUAGAUUGAAUUUUUUCGUUUAUAUUUUCCAGUUUCCUUAAUGCGCUGUAAUCUUUAUAAUUAUAACUUGACACAUUUUUCUGUGGAAUAUAUAACCUGCAUCAGGUUUUAGUACUAUCAAAUGUACUUCCUUUUAUUAUGCAAUUUACUGAAGAAACUUUAUCAUUGUGAUUCAAAUAUUCUGUUAUUAUAUGAACUUAACUGCACUUCAUUUGUGUAUAAACAUUUUGAGUACUAUACGAGUUGCCACAGAUAGGUCUUUAGUAAAGAAAACUAUGCUCAACUACCAACGGUAUGUGCAAAGGAUUUUGAUUGAAAUUCUAUAGUCACGUUAUUCGGUUAAUUGAAUAAACGCGGCUUCAAAAGCUAAUUUUACAUAAAUUUGUUUAUACGUUUCUGUAGAUAGUAAUUCAUAGAGAUUAUGUUGUUGAAGCUCGUUAAGAUAUGAUUACUUUAACCACACUACACUUGUAAAAUACAAACAAAAACGUGAGGAUAAAUAUGAAAGCUCUGUUUUAAAAAUAGAGGUACCCUAGCAUCGUUACACUUAUUUUAUUCUUUCUUCCAUUAUCCUAAAAUGGUGACAACGGAAAAAGAGAAAGGUUUGCUUUUUCUACGCUAUCACAUACCAAUGUAUAAAUUACGAUGAUAAAAUACUUGAGGCGAUAGAUAAAAUAAAUUUUUUUUAUAAACUAA